UCUGUCAAAAACUUGUUUGAGUCGAAACAGAAAUUAUUCGUCAAAUUUGUUUAUUUAUUCUUUUUGUAGCAAACCCAGUUUUGACAAAUUGCAUUCGGAACACGAGUGAAGACAAAAUACUAAAGCGCCCUAAAUGUCAUUUCAAUGCAACUGACGCGCUUGAUAUGGACUGUACUUCUGGUGGUGAUUUUGCACAUUACAAGUACAACUCCCGUCCCGUUUCGCAGUGACGAUUAUUAUUAUUUGGAGCCCGAUAUGAAUGAUGACAUGGACUAUAUGCAGAGCGCGAAUUUAGCUGAUGUAGAUUAUCAGCCGAACGAAUCCGAUUCGGAUUAUAUUUUGUACCCACGCUCAGCCGCCGAAACGACAACAGAAUGUGAGUCCGAGCCGCCGCCACCCAAGCACAUAGAAGCACAUACUCAUACCUCGCAUGGUGUACUGGCAACGACAUGCGUUGCUAUAAUACCGGGUGCAACACCGAAGCCACCUGCUGCAAAUCACGCAAAUAAUCCACCACCACCCGCUACCGCAGUAACGCCAGCACCGGCACCAGCACAACCGCCCGCCAUGCCUGCACCCGCAGCAGCCACAACGACCACCACAACCGCAGCACCGCACACAACAGUGCACACCACGACGGAAGUGACGACCACCUGCAUACCGGAAGAUGAGUCAACACAAAAGCCGAAAUCAGCGCCCUACCCGUACAUGCGUCCAGCCGAAGGCACCACUUGCAUACCAUUGGGAGCUGGUGGAAUUAAUAGUUCACUUGAAGGCAUACUCAUGUCACCGUCGCAACUCUAUCCACCUGUUUCGCUCACCGAGCAGGAAGGUAAAACGCGUGCGCUACAUUCGCUGGUGCAACAUUUGUAUGUGGCACAGGCGCGCGUUCAACUCGAGGCUAUCGAAAUCAAGAAGGCUCAGGCGGUUGCCAAUUCGGCACAACAACAACUCGAGGAGGCUGCAAAUCAUGUGCGUAGUGUGACGGCUGCUUUGCAGAAUGCUCAGCAGGAGGUCGCAUCGGCGGCAAUACGUGCGCAAACUGCGCAACUGCAGUUGGCGGCGCAUGAUCAAUUGCUGUUCGCGGCGCGUCAGGAUGUUGACGCGCUCUCAUCACAAAUGGUCGGCUUACAAGCGGCCGAGGGUAUUGCCGUGCCGACGGUGAAGUUCGAUAUUGGUACGUUGCUGGAUAAACUGAAGCAACCACUGCCGGUUGAGGAGCGGCCCACAGCUGUGCCGCCAGUGGUGGCGAUGGAAGAGCAGGCUCCAGCCGAUCCGGCUCCACUGUAUGAUGACUACGAUUACGAUUAAGUUUCAAAUAUGACUUUUUACUUCCUUCUACUCAUUAUAUAUCUAUGUACUCGUGUAUAUUUCCUUCCUUGCAUAUCUCCAUGCAACUAUAUUUUUUUAAACUGUAUUUCUGAAAAGAUUUGUGUUGUUUUGUGCACUUCACUUCAUAACAGAAGAGUAUUUAUUGUAUUUUUGAUUAUUUUAUUUCCAUGUCGGAUUCAUUCAAUGACCAUAAUAAAUGUCUAUUCAUAAUUUAAA